GGUUACCCGCUCAUUAGUCCCUUUUCUGCUCAUCUCCGUCGUGCGCAAUCUUCUGCACCCGCUCUCUUGCGAUCCAAACCCUACUUGGGUUCACACCUCUUCCUUAUCUCCUGUCUCAUUGUUAAUUGACGUCGUUCACAACAGACUUCAAAGAAGAAAACCAGAAGAUGGGAUAGAAUCACCCAGACAUAUCGCUGGAAGAAAUGAUGAAACUAAUAGAAGGAUGGGGAGGACUUAUCCAUGAUUUCUUUAGACCACCCUCUAGGAGACUACCGUGAAGAAGAGGUCAAUGAAUUUGCAUCUUGGUUGGGUGGAUCAUAUGCUACUGAUGUUACAAAACCCUUAGAUGGAGUAUUGACUAUUCCCUUGGCAAAUGGUGAUAACAUGAAUCUUCAUAUGUCAAAGAAAGUGCACAAGGAAUUUGCAUCAAAACUGUUUGCUCUGUACCGCAUUAUAAGGAAAGCAAUGGAGAGGCAUGAAGAUUUGUCACAGACUUUGCAUAGACCUGCUGAGUUAAUAAUAGGUUCAUUUGAUGGAAUUAAGCAUGACACUGAUGGUUUUGAUAAACAAGGAAUGAGGCUUCUGCUUGCGACACUUAACAGGAUAUUUGAUUUAUUGCAGACAACUUAUGAAGGUUUGUUUUUAUUGGUGGGUUUAUUGUGUAAAUUUGGUUACUUUUUUUUGAGUUUUGCUAUUUAAUUCUCCUCAAUGAUGGUGUAAAUUUCUUGGAUUUCAGACUUCAACGGUAAAGGCAAUAUAUAUAUAUAUUUGAUUUAUUUGCACAAGGUAAGCAUUUUCUUCCGGUUUUCAUGAAUUUCCGUCUAUGGUCGAGCAUUCUCUUCAAGCGUAAUGUCCUUACUAGAAUGCUUUCCAUAUUUCCAUUGUAUCUUACAUGCAAUCCGAACUUAUAUCUUUGUGAACGUAUAUGCAGUUUCCUCUUCUGUCGAAAAGUGCAUACUUACAAAAGUUGGUUGCAAGUGGUAAUGAAGAAAACAAUGAUGAAAUUCAGAUUUCUAACAUUCCCGGAGGCCCGGUUGCCUUUGAGAUAUGUGCCAAAUUUAAUAAAAGAUGAACUUAUAUCAUUUUUCUUUUACUUGUGUACAUUGCAUAACAAAUCUAUGACACUUUUAGUCAAGUGUGAGUGUUGGUUACAUGUACGAGUCCAGACAACAGAUAUGAUUGAACUUUGGUUACCUAUAUUGACUUAAGUGAGUAGAUAUAUCAGUAGUGUGCAUUUUUUUAUUUCACAAACAAUCUUAAAAAGUUGAGUUAUUAUUAUUUUUUGAUGUAUUUUUUAAUAAUUUACUAUAACAUUAUAAAACAAUCUUAAAAAGUUGAACUGAUUUACUUAUUUUUGCCAUUUUCAUUAUGGUUU